UCGCUAUUUCUCGGCGACAACGACAUAACUCCGUUGCUUUCUGUUGCAUUGGCGCGUGAGAUCAGAUACAACAAAACUUUGAAGCUCCUGGAUCUCAGUUCUAAUAGUAUUUCGGAUCAGGGCGCUAGUGCCUUGUCGGCCGUUCUGAUUGCCAACUCAACGCUAGAGUCUCUUGACAUUGCUAGCAACGGCAUUUCGCAGCAUGGAGUUGCUUGCCUAGCAGCGGGUCUUAAACACAAUUCAAGCCUGAAAUCGUUGGAGCUGAGCUUCAAUGGUUUUGGUGAUUCUGGGGUUGUAUUUCUUGCUGAUGCGGUCCAAAGAAACAGCUCACUUCAAUAUUUGGGUCUUGGUUUCAACGGCAUCCUUGAGUCUGGUGCUUCUGCUUUGUCGCAGGCGUGCUUGAUGAGCAAGUGCCUGACGAAGAUUGAGCUCAGUUACAAUGCCAUCGGAGACUGUGGGGCGGAGAUCCUCAGCGGGAUGCUGGAGAGAAACCCUGCUCUGAAAGUCCUCGGUUUGGUAUGUAACGGCAUUACAGACAAAGGCGCAAAGUCUCUUGCCAGGGCACUGGAAUCGAACAGCAACUUGAAGGUGAUUGGAUUAGCAUGCAACGAGAUCACGGAUGAUGGUGCGGCAAGCUUGGCAGAAAUGCUCAAUCAUAACGAUUCGCUCCAAGGGCUCUACCUGGAAGAGAAUGAUAUUGGGGAGGUCGGAUCGGCACUGCUAGCAAAGGCGCAUAGGACAACAACAGUUUGCACGCCAAUGAAU